UUGUUAAUCUAAUGUUAAUCUAACGUUUACCUUUAUUGGGAAUUAUUGUCCUCAGGCCUGGAUAUUUAGCUGGUCUUCGCUUCUGUGAAUGUGAUCACGUUUACAGCUGGGAUGGGAGAGUGCAGAGGACAUUUAAGGAUGAAGAUUCGGACGGAAGAACUGAGUGUGCGCCUCUCGAUGAAUGAAACCGAACGGCAAACUUCAUUCAUUCAACUUUUCGACGAAAUUCGACAGUGUUUGCCAAGCAUUAUAUGUUAGCUUGCUCUACCAGGUGUACAUGUUUGUUACUGUAGCUGGAACUGUUUGCUUGAAAGCGUGCGCACUUGUCUGUGCGCCUGCAUACCUAACUCCAGCUGCAGCUAGUGUGUGUGUAUGUGUGUGAAGAGCCCGUGUGUGCCAUGUCAGUAUCUGUGAUCAUAAAGUGGGGAGGUCAGGAGUACUCCAUCAGUUCUCUGUCUGAGGAGGACACAGUGAUGGACCUGAAACAGUCCAUUAAGACCUUGACUGGGGUGCUGCCAGAGAGACAGAAACUACUGGGACUCAAGGUCAAAGGUAAACCUGCAGAGGAUGAGGUGAAGCUGGGCUCUCUGAAGCUGAAGCCCAACACUAAGAUCAUGAUGAUGGGUACCAGAGAGGAGAGCCUGGAAGACGUUUUAGCCCCUCCCCCAGAGAAUGAUGACGUGGUCAAUGAUUUUGACAUAGAGGAGGAGGUCAUUGAAGUGGAGAACAGAGAGGAGAACCUGGCUAAAAUAGCCCGCAGAGUCAAAGACUAUAAGGUGGAGGAGCUGAACCCUCCCAGAGAAGGAAAGAGGCUUCUAGUACUGGAUGUGGACUAUACGCUGUUCGAUCACAAGUCGUGUGCAGAAACGGGUCAGGAGUUGAUGAGACCAUACCUUCACGAGUUUCUGACCUCAGCCUAUGAGGACUAUGACAUUGUCAUCUGGUCUGCUACAAGUAUGAAGUGGAUUGAUGCCAAAAUGAAAGAGCUCGGAGUGACAGACAACCCUAACUACAAGAUUACGUUCAUGUUGGACAGUGCAGCAAUGAUCACAGUACAUACCCCUAAGAGAGGGGUUGUGGAGGUGAAGCCUCUGGGUGUGAUAUGGGGAAAGUACGGUGAACUUUACAACAGGAAGAACACUAUUAUGUUUGAUGACAUCGGACGAAACUUCCUCAUGAACCCACAGAACGGACUAAAGAUCCGACCCUUCAUGAAGGCCCAUCUUAACAGGGAGAAGGACAGGGAGCUGUAUAAACUGGCUCAGUACCUCAAAGAAAUCGCCAAGCUUGAUGACUUCAGUGGACUCAACCACAAACACUGGGAGAGGUACCUAUCUAAGAGGCAGCACCACUGAGACCGCAUCCUCGACAAAGAUUUGGACAGGACGCUACCAUCCUAUCAUCCAGUUCUCACACACAUACACACAAACUUGAAUAUUACAAGUCCUUCAUUUCAAACCUUACAACAGAUCCUACACUAACCAAGCUACUAACACUCAAAAGCUCAGGACUGAGAUGGGCUUCCCAAUUUAUAUAUUUGCAUGUUCUGUCUCUCCCGAAUCUCGCACAUUUUUUCCCAAAUAUUGUUUGCAUUUAUAUAAUGGCAGUUACUUCCAGUGGGUGUGGCAAUCAUAAAAUACACCUGUGCGGGUCAAAAAACUACUCAUAGGUUUGAGGCCGCAUGCCACAAGCCACCGUGACCCCCAAACUUCUACAUACCUACUUCAGUCAAGUGUCUAAAAUGGAUCUUGAAGUCCACAGUUCAGUACUACCUGAAAAUAUCUGCAGUCUUUUAAACCUGCUUGGUCUUCCAGAUGGGUGGGGUUUACAGCAUUUUCACAUUAUAGGUAGUGUGAAGUUGCUUUCACUAAAAAGUAGGCAUACUUUGCGGUUACUAUCAAGCUCUCUGCUAUACCAAGCAAGUAAAAACAGAUACAAACAUAAUUUUACCACGGUUAAGGUCAAUAAGCGGUGUCCUCCACCCCUGUACUAAAUUGAGAUGUUACCUAUAUUCUGAAGAGACGGAGAUUAGCCACUGAAAAGCCAAUAAACUUAAUUUUACAUUUUUUAUGUAUGCGAACUAAGCAUUGAAAAGAAUUAAAUGUGAAAUUCAACAGGAAAUACAGUAAUUAGUAAGAGCAAGUUAUAUAACAAAUAUCUGAAAAUGUGUUCAAGAACUGAGGUUAUAUCCACAAUUUAACACAUGAUUUUUACUGCAGGACAUCUGGCAACUGCAAAUUAUAGUGAAGAAUUAAAGUGAAAAAAUGGAAUGGCAGAAUGUGUUCAGAGCAAUGGUUAAAAUCAAAAAGAUAAAUCUAAGUCCUUGAGUAUGAAACUGAUGCCGGCAACCUACACAAUUUGACAUGUAAUCAUAUGCAAUAAUCCUCAAAGCUACUGUGACAUUACAAGCUGUUGAGAUUGAGACUGGUCGUAGCGAAAAUACUUUCAUCAAAACAAUCGACUGUCAUGUACAUGUUUUGAUGGAAAACUUCUGCCAUCUUUUGUUACUUGUAUGCAGCAGUCACUGGACACAGGCCUGUGGAUUGGAGGAUGUCGUACAUGUCUACUGUAUACAUGCGUACUGUAGGCACAUAGACGUGUCAGGUUUCCAUGGAUAUGGAUGUGCAUAUUUGCCCAGAAAUGUAUGUGUUUUUCUUUGCAUUUCCAUAGUUACAUGUCAACUCUGUUACAUCGCUGGACGCACACACAGAUAAAGAUUUUUUAAAAUGCAGAAUUCAUUAGUCUGUGUUUUGUUUAGAGCUUCUUUUUUUUUUUAACGGUUUUGCUGAAACCAAAUGUUAAUGAACAAAGUGAGGAUCAGGGAUGAUGAUGGGAAUGCAAGAAACUGACAGCACAAAACAUGCAUUUUAUGGUUAGUUUUUCCCCCCCUUCUUUUGGUAGCAUUCAUUAAUGAAAUGAAUGUGUCUGCACUUAUUGUCAAUGUUUAUUUUAAAUUAUGGAUGAAGAAGGAGAAGUGUUGGGAGAAGGGCAAGGUGUGUCCAACUUUAUGAAUAAGUUGUACCUGAAGCUCUUGGAAACAAUAGGGAUGUGAUUUUUCAGAUUUUGUCAGGUUUACAGCUCUCUUUGACAUUCAACUCCUUUUCAUUUCUUGAGAUGAUUUCUUGAGAUCUGCCUUUUUGUGUUUUCCUCAUCACAUCCCUGACAUCCUGGCUGUAAAUAUGACAAUAAACUUUUUUUUUUGUAUCUA